UAAAAACGAAGAAGACGAAGAAGAAGAAGAAGAAGAAAACCUGCGUUGUGGGGCGCGAAACUCAACACAGAAACACAGCAUCGGCGAAAGAUUUGAGUCAACUUGUGGACACUGGUUAACGACAUUAAUAUCAGAAGUUUCGGCUUAGCAUUUCUGAACGUUCCCUGCCGUCAUGUGCGAGAAGAUCCAGAAGGUAAACAAAUGGCUGAGCACCGUUUUUGGAGAGCAGGCUGUUCCACCUUUUGAGGUGAACACCAGGACCGUGGACGUACUGUACCAGCUGGCCAGGUCCAGUGAAGUACGAUGCCGCCACGCCAGCCUGCUUAUUGAGGACCUCAACCAGAAAGCUUCCGAGUAUCAGGCUGAUGGUGUUCAUCUCCAGGAUGUUACUCUACAAGGGGUCGGCCUGUCCUGUGGAGCAUUGUCCAAACCUGCAGCUGACUAUUUGUCUGCUUUAGUGGACAAUGCCAUGGUACUUGGGAUCAGGGAUACAUCACUGGCCAGCUUUAUUCCAGGUGUGAAUAACCUGACCAAUGAAAUUCUGGAAGCAGAGAAGUCGGACAGGAGACUUGACCGGGAACUCAAAGCCUUCAGAAAGAGACUUGGGGCUACUCUGGUUCUGCGAAAACAUUUACAAGGGGAUAUCAACAAGGCUGUAAAAGCUCAAGAAGCGGAGAGUGCCAAAGUCGAGGACAAAAUGCUCAAUAUGGAUUUUGUAAAAGCGAAAUCUAGAGAGCUCAUUUGCAGGAGAAAGAGGGCAGAGGAUGAGCUUGUAUCAAGGAACAUGGACGAGGCGCUCACCCACCAGGCUAUAUUAGAGCUUUUUGAGGAGGUCUCCGGGCUCAAACAAGAAAUAAUCCCAUUGAAAAAGAAACUGGAACCCUACUUGGACUUGAGUCCGAGUCCACAUCUUGCUCAGGUGAAAAUAGCAGAGGCGAAAAGCGAAUUGGCUGCAAUCGAUUCACAGCUUGAGAGGAAUGUGGAUUUCAUGGCGAAGUGAGAAAACGACUCAUCAUCUGGAUUUGUUUUUUUGUGCCACCCCCACCCCCUUUUCUCCCCAAUUGUAUCCGGCCAAUCACCCCACUCUUCCUGCUCCACCCCCUCUGCCAGCCCGGGGAGGGCUGCAGACUACCACAUGCCUCCUCCGAUACAUGUGGAGUCGCCAGCUGCUUCUUCUCACCUGACAGUGUGGAGUUUCGCCAGGGCGACGUAGCGCGUGGGAGGAUCAUGCAGUUCCCCCUCCCCCCCGAACAGGCGCCCCGACUGACCAAAGGCACUAGUGCAGUGACCAGGACACACACCCACAUCCGGCUUCCCACCCGCAGACACGGCCAAUUGUGUCUGUAGAGAUGCCUGAGCACGCCGGAGGUAACGUGGGGAUUCGAAUCGGCGAUCUAUGUGUUUUUGUGUUUCAUUUGUAAAUAUCACGAUAUUUAAAGAGUAAUAAAGUCACUUUACCACUCUUUCCUGUGUAGAAACU